UGACAACCAACCACACAACAAUCAUUUCAGCUCAACAUUUUGUUGUCUGUAAAAAAUCAGAAAUAAAUAACCACAUAUGUGAAUAUCGUCUUAGCAAUUCAGUUGCAAAUACUCUGUCAUUCUUCAAGACACCAUUAGACGGUGAGUUUGACGUCAAAUCCCCCAGAAAGCGUGUUCAGCAUCCUGUCACAAGAGCCCAAAGAGGAACCGCAGAGCUGCAGGAUGUCGAGUUCUUUAGUCGUGUGCGAGGUGGACGCCAGUCUGCAGGAGAAGCUCAAAAAGUUUCGCUUUCGCAAGGAGACGAGCAACGCAGCCAUUCUGAUGAAGAUCGAUAUGGAGAAACAGCUGGUCAUCCUGCAGGAAGAGUAUGAGAAUAUCUCUCUGGAUGAACUCAGAGAAGAACUUCCAGAGCGUCAGCCACGGUAUAUUGUGUACAGUUAUAAACUGACCCACGGCGACGGACGCGUGUCGUAUCCGCUCUGCUUUAUCUUCUCUAGUCCUGUGGGCUGUAAACCCGAGCAGCAGAUGAUGUACGCGGGCAGCAAGAACAGGCUGGUUCAGUCGGCAGAUCUCACGAAGAUUUUCGAGGUUCGUAAUCCGGACGACCUGACCGAAGAAUGGCUGAAGGAGAAAUUGUCAUUUUUUCGCUAAAUUGCAACCAGAAUCAUGAAAUCAGGCAGAAAAUCAAAACUAUUAUUCUGUUUAAAAACAAUUUUUUUUAUCAUAAUUCUUUUUCAUGUCAUUUUCUCAAAUGUCUCAUGUCAGACAUUGUGUCUGUAAGUCUGUGUGAACCAUGUUCACAGUGGCCUAAAGCAUUUUAAUGAAUAUAUAUUAUUCAGAAGAUAAAUCAUGUUUGAUCAA